AUGCAAGGACAGGCGGCCUUCCCAAGGUUCACUGUAGUUCCUCCUGUAGCUCACACGGUUUCCGACGCCGGCAUUGGUCAGAUUAGUGUGCUUGGAGGGGCUCAGCCGGAGAAGGAGACUUCCCCUGCAAGGCUGCUUCCUGUUGGACUCAUUAGUGGUUCUCCCCUGGAUAUUGAGGGGCGUCCCGCUGACAGCUCCAGGCGAAGGAACGAGAGUACCCUGAGCUACAGAGAAGCACUGAGGAAGCAGAUUACAGAAAAAGAAGAGAAUGUAAGAAGAGAGAAAGAGAAGAAGAGGAGAGAUGCUGCUGAGCUGCUGGAUGAGAUGGUGGUGUAUGACCCCUGGGGGAAAGAAGGAGCAGGAGCACCAAUUAAGGACAAACAUGGAAACAUUGUUUGUGACCUGAAUCGGAUGCACAGGAUUAAUAAUAACAGACGGACCUCUCUGAGAGAUGAAACGGGGGCUCCGAUUUCUCAGCAAGGUCAUCAGUCACUUCUGCAACAAGAAAGUUACAGAGAGCAAUUGAAACAACAGAUUGAGCAGAACAAGAGAAAGAAGGAAGAAGAGCGAGAGCGUAUUAGGAUUGCUGAAGAGAAAGAGGAGAUGGAGAGGGCCCGAAUAAGGCAGCAAUACGAGGACGAGAAAAGGAGAGAAAAUGAGAUGAGUCAAAAUCAAAACAAACAGAGAUAUCAGAAUGAAAGUCAUGACACCAAGGAGGCCAUCAGCAAUGGGCAGACAAAACAGACCUUACCUGAAAGUGCCUUUCUAAAUGCUGACACGCCAAGGCUAUCACCUGUUGAUCGUGUUGUUUCAGCUCCAAACACCCAACCGCUUCCUGAGAGUAAACCUUCAGUACCCGGAGAUAAACAGGAAGUGAUCAGAGAGCUGUCGGUUUUCCGUAAGCUUCUGAGGAAAAAACAGACGGAGCUGGAAUUUGAGAUGGCCUGGAGAAGAACUGUCCAUUCUAACCUGAACAAGUGUUAAAGUAUAGCAGAUCAUAUUUCAAACAUGCUUAAAAAGAUUUGAAAUUUCUGUCUGGUUAAAAUACAAUUCCAUUUUUGUUAGAAGCACGAGACACUUUCUGUUCUCUGAAUAAACAGCUCUAGUCCAAAUCUGCUUGUCUCUGUUUGACCAGCAUAUACAAUAUGAUCCAGAGCUGAUGCCUUCAAACCUACAAAGAAAUAAAGAACAAA